AUGGCGAUAACAACGGAACACAUUCGUGAGAAACUGACCCAGGAGCUAGCGGCGGUGCAUGUGGAUGUAGAGGACACAUCCCCGAAUAGAUGUGCUGCCAGCUACAAGGUCCUUAUCGUGUCACCUCAAUUUGAGGGCAAACCACUGCUACAAAGACACAGGAUGGUCAACACGUGCCUGGCAGAGGAACUCAAAGAGAUCCAUGCCUUUGAACAGAAGACCCUCACACCAGAACAGUGGGAAAAGCAGAAAUCACAAUGA